AUGUCCUCUGUCGCUGUCGUCGCCACCACCAUCUGUUUCGCUACAAUCUUCCCUCGGGCUUUCAUGGCUUCAAAAAGAACUGAACCAAUUACAUCCCGCCACGUGGUGGUCGUGCCUUACCCGGGAAGAGGACACGUCAACGCCAUGAUGAACCUCUGCAAAAUGCUCUCGGCGGCUUCACCAAACCACAACCUGAAACUUCUAAUCACCUUUGUAAUAACAGAAGAGUGGCUCGAACUCAUCGGCUCGGAAGAGAAGCCUCCCAACGUUAGCUUCGCUACAAUCCCGAAUGUCCUGCCAUCGGAGUUGGGUCGGGUAGCCGACAAGGUAGGCUUUGUGGGAGCUACCCAAACUAAAAUGGAGGAGCCUUUUGAGAAGCUUCUCGACCGGCUUCAGUCGCCAGUGCACAUCAUCGUUGCAGAUACUUUUUUGAAUUGGUCUAUUGAGGUCGGGAAUCGGAGAAAUAUUCCAGUGGCGUCGUACUGGACUAUGCCUUCGUCAGUGUUUUCGAGCUUUUACUACUUUGACCUCGUCGUUCAAAAUGGACAUUUCCCUUUCGAAUUAUCUGAAAGAGGAGAGGAACGUAUCGAUUACAUCCCGGGUAUUUCUUCAAUUCGCCUGGCAGAUCUUCCUUCACUAUACCGUGAGAAGGAUCAACGGCUUCUUCAUCUAGCGCUACAAGUUUUUCCCAAUGUGUCCAAGGCACAAUAUCUUUUGUUCACUUCUAUAUUUGAACUCGAGCCUCAAGUUAUAAAUGCUUUGAAACAGGAAUUUUUGUAUCCCAUUUAUUCUCUUGGGCCAAUGGUACCUUACUUCAAUCCCGAAAAGACUUCUCGUUACACAACAAGCCAAAAUGAUCCGCAGUACUUGCAAUGGCUAAGCUCUCAACCUCCAAAUUCGGUGUUGUAUGUAUCAUUGGGAAGUUUUCUUACUGUUUCGAGUGCCCAAAUGGACGAAAUUGCUGGUGGGUUGGAAGAAAGUGGAGUUAGGUACUUAUGGGUGGCCCGUGAGGAUACCGCGAGGUUUAAAGAGAAAUGCAACAGUCGAGGAAUGAUAAUACCUUGGUGUGAACAGUUGAAAGUGUUAUGCCAUUCUUCGGUUGGAGGAUUUUGGACUCACUGCGGGUGGAAUUCUACAAUGGAAGGAAUUUUUGCUGGGCAGCCUAUGCUUACUCUUCCUAUUCAAAUGGAUCAAACGACGAUCAGUAAGUUCAUUGUCGAGGACUGGAAAACAGGGUGGGAUGUGAAGACAGAGGCCGGAGGAGGAGAUUUAUUGAGACGGGAAGAAAUUGCUAAGCUCGUAAAGAGGUUUAUGGACCUUGAAAGCAAAGAGAGGAGAGAAAUGAUUCCCAGGGCGCGAGAACUCCAAGAAAUCUGCUAUCGAGCGAUUGCUGAAGGAGGAUCAUCUAAAAUGAAUCUUGAUGCUUUUCUUGACAAUAUUGCAGGACAUUGA